UUGGCUCAGUUUGGCUGGCCAACUGCCUGGUUGUCUAUAGCCUUGCAGUGCGCGGACAACAGCAACGAUACGAGGAGCUCCACGCACGUAAAUCCCAAGAAAAAAAUUUAAAAGAAAAUACCCCCCCAAGUAAAUAGGUCUGAUAUCAGACCUAAGAAAAUUUCUCAAACAUGCUGAGCACUUUCAGUUCGGUUAAACAAUAUUUAAAGUUCGAUUUAGCGCGUGUGAUUAUCGAUAAUAUUGUGUUUAAGUUGCAUUAUCGUUUUACCUUUGUGAUCCUGCUGGUGGCAACCCUAUUGAUAACAUCGCGUCAAUAUAUUGGCGAGCACAUACAGUGUAUAUCCGAUAAUGUGGUCGCUCCAGUGAUAAACACCUUCUGCUUCUUUACGCCCACGUUUACGGUGGUGCGUCAUAUGAACAACACAGCUCUCGAUUCUGGCAGCAUCUUUCAACCCGGUAUUGGACCCUACAACAGCAAAGAGGAUACAAUCAAGCGCCACGCCUACUAUCAAUGGGUGCCCUUUGUGUUGUUUGCCCAAGCUUUGUGCUUCUACAUGCCACACAUGCUCUGGAAGAAAUGGGAAGGUGGUCGCAUCAAAGCUUUGGUCUAUGGACUACGUAUGGUUGGAUUAACCAAGUAUCUGAAGCAUGAUAGCAUGAGAAUUGGCAAAUUGAAUAUACCCUCAAUGGCGGAGGCGGAGGAGCGUAUUAUCAAUAUUCGCCGUACCAUGAUUGAUCGAAUGCGAUUGAAUCAAUCAUGGGGAGCACAUUUGGUCUUUGCCGAGCUGCUGAAUCUGAUCAAUUUGUGCAUUCAAAUUUAUUGGACAAAUCGAUUUCUUGGCCGAGAGUUUCUCACUUUGGGCAUCAAAGUGUUGCGAGAACGUUGGGUCGAUAAAAUGGAUGCCCUCGAUAUGGUCUUUCCCAAGGUCACCAAGUGUACAUUCUAUAAAUACGGUUCGGGUGGCUCGUUGCAACAGCACGACACACUCUGUGUCAUGGCCUUGAACAUUAUGAACGAGAAGAUUUAUACCAUACUUUGGUUCUGGUAUGCCUUUCUCUUCACUGUCACCGUUUUGGGGCUAUUUUGGAGACUCCUUACGCUCUUCUGCUACAAAAACGUUACCUUCACCAAAUGGUCACUGUAUUGGGCCAAACCUGGUAAAAUGGAUGAAUCGGAUCUGAAUUCCGUGAUUUCCAAAUGCAAUUUCUCCAAUUGGAUGUUCCUGUUCUUUUUACGCACGAACCUGUCGGAGUUUCUCUUCACAAAGGUCAUCUACCAUCUGGCGAGUGAGUUUCCCAAUGAUCCGAUACACGAUAACGAUAUCAACGAUUAUAAAGCACGCGAAAGGGAAGCAGCUGGCGGUAGUUCGGGAAAUUAUCCAAAUCUCGAAAGACUGGACACAGUGGAUGCCCCCUUGUUGCAUCAUCGUGGGGCAACCUCAAGUACUGCACCAAAAUCACCGACAGAGGGCGGCACGCUGCCCGUUUAAUAGACCGUAAUUUUAUGUACAUUAAAUUAAGAUUAAAGUA